AUGAAUGCCUUUGAAAUUAUGAUUUUCUAUAUAUUUAUUGCUUCUAUCAAUGUGGAUAUCGAUGCUACUGGUGAAAAUUCAACUGCAUCAAUUUCAACAACUACAGAUGAAUAUAAAAAUGAAAUUAAUAGUGAAGUUACUUGGAACAAUAUAUCAGUAGUUUCUGAUGCUACAAUAAUUGAUAGUAUAACAACGAAAACUACUGACAAUAAUACUAAUUCGAGUAGUGUGACUGACCCAAUACCACCAAGCAGUUCUAUGCGAACACUUUUGAUAGGUGAAUCGGCACCAACUCGUUCAGCACAACUAGGCAUGGGCUUAGGUAUAGCAUUUUUUGGAAUAAUACUCAUUGGCGAAAUAGUAUUUUUCAAAUAUUUCUAUCAUGGUCAACCAGAUGGCAUUAUAUAG